ACUAGCAAGAGCCGCGAGCCGCCCCUAUACAAAAGCAUACAGCUCAAAAUAUUACCCAAAAAAAUUGUACUACGCAGUGAUUUAUUUGCCGCGUCCAGCUGUGGGCCCGCGGCAGCAUUUAUAGAAGCCCAACUGAGAGCAAUUGAGCCCAGAGCUACCAGAGCAGAGAACAGCGCGCCGCCAGCUAAGACAUGGCCGAAAUCCUCGACUCCGCAACCUCCGGAGCGCCCACACCGGCGCCGGACGCCGGCGCCGAGCCGCCCCUCGAAUUCAACACGACGUUCCAAGGCCAGAAGCUCGUGCUGCGCGUCAAAAGAGAUGGAGUAGUGGCAGACCUGAAAGCAGCGAUCACCGACGAAACCCAGGUGCCCGCGAAGCGCCAGAAAUUGAUAGGCCUCGUCAAAGGCGCGCUGCCGCCGGACGAGUCGAAGCUCGCCGAGUUGGUCGGUCCUAGGGGAGAGAAGCCGCCGACGAAGUUCCUACUGAUGGGCACGCCCGACGACAAGUUAUUUAUCGACCCGAAGGACCGCGACGACCUGCCUGAAAUUAUCGACGAUCUGGACCCGGUCGGCAACUGUGUGGAAACCACAUUUCGGGCGCCCCACGCCAUCGACGUGAUGUUGUCUCCGUAGCUGCAUCUAACUCACUGGUUGAUCUCCACACAGGACUUUGACUACCAGGCGCUGUCCGACGAGUGGCACCGGAGCCGGAGGCACGCGGCGACCCUCGAAAAGUUCGUGGCCAAGACGGAAAUCAACUGGCUCACGCCAAGAAGAAAGGGCAAGAAGCUCCUCGUGCUCGACCUCGACCACACGUUGCUCGACUUCAACCGCCACGACCCCCCCACCCAGGUCUCCGCGAACUCGAAGCGGCCGGGCAUGGACGCGUUUUUGGAGGCCGUCUACGAGGACUACGACCUCGUUGUGUGGUCGCAGACGCACUGGAGGUGGUUGGAACUCAAGCUCACCGCGCUGGGCAUGCUCUCGUCCUCAAAAUUCAAAAUCUGCUUCGUGCUCGACAAGACGUCGAUGUUCCGCAUCGUGUCGCGGCGCAAGGACGGCAGCGAGUUCAAGCACGCGGUCAAGCCCCUGCGCUUAAUUUGGGACAAGGUCGACGGCUGGAACGCGGCGAACACCUUGCAUUUGGACGAUUUGUCCCGCAAUUUCGCUCUCAAUCCUCGGUCGGGCGUCAAGUGCAAGGCCUACCACCGCGACAAGCCGAACGCGGCCCGGGACGCGGAGCUGCCCGCGCUCGCGGCGUAUCUCGCGCACGUGGCCCGCGCGUCGAAGGGCCUGUCGGCGUUCGACCACGGGAAGUGGCGGGACGUCUGGAAGAAGAUCCGGGAGGCGGGUUAAUGUUGUUGUAGCUCGUGUAGAAGAUGGUGCCUGGGGAGGCGCCGUCGCCGUCGCCGGUGUUGUACUGAUCACGGUGACUGCGGAUUCAGCGCGGCGCGCCGUACCGUACGCCGUGGAAGGGUG